AUGGUACUGCCGAAUCUCAAUGUAUUGCCCUUGGAGCUGCCCGUGGACUUCUGUAUUUACAUGAGCAGUUUUCGAAGCUGUGGUAGGGAUUUUGAUCUUGCUAAGCUCUUAGAUAAAAGGGAAUCGCAUGUCACCACUGCUGUGCGGGGUACCGUAGGACACAUUGUCCCAGAGUAUCUUUCAACUGGGCAGUCUUCAGAAAAAACAGAUGUAUUUGGAUUUGGCAUGCUACUCUUGGAAUUCAUCACAGGACAAAAGACAUUAGAUGCUGGGAAUGGACAGGUUCAAAAGGGAAUGAUUCUUGACUGGGUUAGAACAUUGCAUGAGGAGAAGAGAUUUGAAGUGCUAGUGGAAAGGGAUUUGAGGGGAUGUUUUGAUCCAAUAGAGUUGGAAAAAAAAGCAGAACUGGCUAUUCAGUGUACUCUGUCGCAACCCCACCUUCGUCCAAAGAUGUCUGAAGUUUUAAAGGUCCUUGAAGGUCUUGUGCAGUCGGGAACCGAGGAAUCACAAGGUGGGUCAAACCUUUCUGAGACUAGGGAGUGGAGGUUCUCCAGGAAUUAUAGCGACAUUCAUGAAGAGUCUCCCUUCAUCAUUGAAGCAAUGGAGCUUUCCGGACCUCAGUGAUCGGAAGUACAAUAUGCCCCAUUCC